GGAUGCCCCACCAGUCUAUGAUGGCACAAACGAGGCAGAGAUUGUGCGCUACAUCGACACCUACAUCACGUGCAGUGCCACGGCGGUAGAGGCGGAGCUGGUGAAGCUGCAGACCCAUGACCACCGGGCAACCUGCUUCAAGUACGAUCCUCACGACUGUCGGUUUGAGUUCCCACGUGCACCCAUGGAUGUCACACGCAUCCUCCAUCCGUACACGGACGAAGAGAAGGCUGCUGAUGGCUUCCAGGUGAUGGCUGAUCGGUGGGCCAAGAUAAAGCAGCUGCUAGCUGAUAUCGAUGCGGAAAAGGUGCCACCGCCCGCUACUGUGGAGCAGCUGCUGGCUUUGGCUGGCCUGUCGCUUGAAGAGUACAUAGCUGCUGUGCGUGUCCCGCUUAAGCGCAUGACCGCCUUCCUUCGACGGACCCCCAUGGAGAUGCGGAUCAACCCGUACAACCCGGUCCUCCUUCGCAUCUGGAGAGCAAACAUGGACAUGCAGUUCUGCUUGGACCCGUACGGUGCUGCCAUGUACAUUGUGUCGUACAUGCUCAAGGCGAACCGUGGCCUCAGCCGUGCCAUGGAGCGCGCAGCUGACCAGGCGCGGCAUGAUGACGAUAACCUCAAGUCCAGAAUCCGCAAAGUGGGCAACGCUUUCGUCAACACCCAAGAGAUGAGCGCACAGGAAGCAGUGUACCUUGCUCUUGGACUGCCCCUUCGCUCCGCAUCCCGCCAGUCCGUAUUUGUGCCGUCCACAAGGCCAGAGGACAGAACACAACUGCUGCGCCCUCCCAAGGACCUGCAGGUCCUGGCGGAGGCUGACCCAGAAAGCGACGACAUCUUUGUGCCAGGUCUGGUGCAUGCCUACCAGAGGCGACUGCCCAGCCUCGAGCAGGUGUGCAUAGCAGACUUCGCAACCUGCUACAGCAAAGCCUCUGGUACCAGGGCAGGUACAGGUGAU